AGCGCCCCCUCACGGCGGGACGGGGAGCGGCCGCCUUCCUCGGCGCGGCGCUCCCGGCGGCCCGGGCGCUUUAAAGGCCCCACCUGCGGGGCAGCGGCUCUUCCCUCGCCUCGGGGGCGGGCGGGUGCUUCGGCGCUUUCUUCGGCCCCGGUCGCGGCCGCCCCCUGGCUGCGGGGCCGAUGUCCGUGGGUGCGGCAGCCGCGGCUCCCGCGGGGGCGGAACCGGGACCGGGACUCACCCGGCGCGGCCCGGGCAGCGCUGCGCAGCCGGAGGCGGCGGGGGGCGGCCGCUCGGCCCGGAGGUACCGGUGAGCGAGACGCUGCGGUGCAAGAGGAUAGAGGAGGAUAAAUGCUGCAAAGAUACAGAAGAGGGGUUCUGGAGGUCCUGCACAAAUUGAUGACUUGAAAGGGUGCCCUGUUGCUGCCUGUGGAAGUGGUACAACAUGGCUUACAGUGUGACUCUGAAUGGACCUGGACCCUGGGGCUUCCGACUGCAAGGGGGCAAGGACUUCAACAUGCCCCUGACCAUCUCCAGAAUCACCCCUGGCAGCAAGGCAGCACAGUCACAGAUGAACCCAGGGGACCUUGUCGUGGCCAUUGAUGGAGUCAACACUGACAGCAUGACCCACCUGGAGGCCCAGAACAAGAUCAAAUCAGCCAGCCACAACCUGAGCCUCACUCUGCAGAAAUCUAAACGUCCAGUGCCAGUUUCAACCACAGCUCCCAGAAUUGACUCUCCCAGGGCUGUAAUUCCCCAUCAGAAGGAACCUGCUUGGGAAAUCAAUGGCAACAGAACAACCUUCAGCCCUCUAACUAACACGGCGACUGGGCCUGUGGGUAGUGUUUUAGCAACCAAUGGAACCUUUUCAGGCUACCUCAACCAGCAAGAGAUCAGCCUUUCAAAUAGCUCUUCCUACCAAAAGACUACCACAGUUAGAUCUUCCAUGUCCUCUCAGUCUGUGACUCCUGACAUUUCACCUGCCAAGAGCUCGUUAGGUUCCAAAGCAAGCCCUGCUUGGGCUGGUGGCAGUAGCCCCGCUCACCAGCUGAGCCCUGCAAGGCAGUAUAACAACCCCAUUGGCCUUUACUCGGCAGAGACCCUGAGGGAAAUGGCUGAGAUGCAUAAAUUGAGUCUCAACCGAAGGGCUUCGGAAGGUGGACUUCCUAGAGGCACGGACUUCACGGAGCGUUUCAACCCCAAUGUCCUGAAGGACUCUGCCCUGUCUACCCACAAACCCAUUGAGGUGAAGGGCCUUGGCGGCAAGGCUACCAUAAUUCACGCGCAGUAUAACACCCCGAUCAGCAUGUAUUCCCAGGAUGCUAUCAUGGAUGCAAUUGCAGGCCAGGCACAAGCCCAGGGUGGAGAAUUUGCUGGUGCCCUCCCUAUAAAGGAUCCUCACGUAGACAGUGCCUCUCCAGUGUAUCAGGCUGUGCUUAAAACCCAGAACAAGCCUGAGGAUGACAGUGAGGACUGGAGCCGUCGCUCUGCCAACCUGCAGUCCAAGUCCUUCCGUAUCCUUGCCCAGAUGACUGGAACUGAGUACAUGCAAGAUCCAGAUGAAGAAGCUCUGAGGAGGUCAAGAGACAAGGAAAACCUUGCAGCAGCAUCAGAAAACAGUACCCCUGUUGAGCAUGCCCCGGUGGCUCCCAGUUCUGCUGCUCCUGCACCACAUGCUUCAGCACCUCAGCCUGCUCCUGCUGCUCCAAGCACAGCCAGCCUGAUGGCAGCACCAGCCACCACCUCAGUAGUGCAAGAGGCUUUCUCAUCCUCCUUCCAAAGUUUCAACCGGCAUUCUUCCACCUCCAUCACCUACCAGUCAAAGCAGAGAAACACAACCCAGUCAUAUACACCAAUGCCAGUUUCUGGAGGCUACAGCGAAAGUCCUGCUCCUUCUGCCGCUUCAAAAACGAGAGUUGUUACUACUGCCAGCAUAAAGCCCUCUGUCUACCAGCCAGCACCAGCACCAGUUCAUUCCUACACCCCUGCCAACACGGAGCCUGCGAGUCGCCCCCCCUGGGUAACAGAUGACUCCUUUUCCCAGAAAUUUGCACCUGGAAAAUCCACCACCACCGUCACAAAGCACAUCCUUCCAAGGGGUGCUCCGGUGCUGUCUCCUACCACAAUUCCUGCUUACCCGUCUCCAGUUUCACCUCCUUCCCAGCCCCCUGCCUUAGCCCGGGGAACAGUGCAGAGGGCGGAGCGUUUUCCAGCCAGCAGCCGAACUCCUCUCUGCGGGCACUGCAACAGCAUCAUUCGAGGUCCUUUCCUGGUAGCCAUGGGUCGCUCUUGGCACCCAGAAGAAUUCAAUUGUGCUUACUGCAAGACAUCCUUGGCUGACAUGUGCUUUGUGGAGGAGCAGAACAGUGUGUACUGUGAGCGCUGCUAUGAACAGUUCUUUGCACCAACCUGUGCCAGAUGCCACACUAAGAUUAUGGGGGAAGUGAUGCAUGCCCUAAGACAGACUUGGCACACAAGUUGCUUUGUCUGUGCUGCUUGUAAGAAGCCAUUUGGGAAUAGCCUGUUCCACAUGGAGGAUGGGGAGCCCUACUGUGAGAAAGAUUACAUUGCUUUGUUCAGCACAAAAUGUCAUGGCUGUGAUUAUCCUGUUGAAGCUGGAGAUAAAUUCAUUGAAGCUCUUGGACACACUUGGCAUGACACCUGCUUCAUUUGUGCUGUGUGCCAUGUGAAUUUGGAAGGUCAGCCAUUCUACUCCAAGAAGGACAAGCCCCUGUGCAAGAAGCAUGCCCAUGCCAUCAAUGUUUAGAAGAGUUGUAGUCAGUAAUGCUGGGGUAAAACAGAUGACUAACUGGGCAAUCAUAAAGCUGAUAACCAUGGCUAGCACUUCUCUCAGUAAAAGCUAGACAUGGGUACUUCUCAAGUUUAACUUUAUCCUCUUUCAUAAAUGCAGAAUGUGCUUUUUGUGAAGUUCAUACCAAAAACUAUGAGCAGUCAAAACCAUGAACUAGUCCAUUAUUAUAGCAACAGUUGGGGGAAAUAUUGAAAUUAACUAAAAGCAUGAUUAUAAAAAGUAAUGUGCAAAUAUAGUUUCAAGUUAACUACCCACAGCAGUUUUACUGCUUAGACCACACACUGGUGUUUAAAAACAACCGGAAAAAUACUUCUGUAUUAAGUCAUUUUCUUUCACAGCAAGAAUGAGUAAGUGCCAUAUGUACAGUCAUCUGUAGAACCAAAGGCCGUAGCUUUCAAAGGGAAAUAAAUAGAUUAGGGCUUCCUCUAGGAAAAGUGAGUGCUGUUCCACUAUCUUGUGGUGCUGCCUCAUAGCAUCAGCUAUUUUAGAUUCUUUCCAAAUAACAAGUCUGCCUUGAAUCCAUAUGUAGCUGGGAAGCCUAGGUGACAAUCCAUAACAGUUUGAAAAUAAAAUGGUUGGGUCAGCCUUGUUAGUGCACUUGGCUUCUAGGUGCACAGCAGAUAAUUCACUUUCAAAUGGUAAUGGAAAAGGACAACUGGCUUUCUCCAAAUUACUCUUACAUUGAAUGGAAUAGAGCUGACUGGAAAGGCCAGCUUUUAAUUCAAAACCAGUUUUCCUUUCCUCCUGUGGAAAAAAAAAGAGAUUCAAUCUAGCUUUGGUUUCUAAUUCCCACUGAUACCAGAGGGAGGUAGGAACCUACAUCUGGACCUUCACAAUAGUAAACACAAAAGAAACACAUCCAUCUAGCACAGCUAGGUUGUGGGAGAUAGCUUGCAAAAAUUCCCUCCUCUAUCCCACAUAAAUAGGAAAAGGCUUUUUUUUUCCUAUAGUAAGUGAAUGUGUAUCCAUAAGGCAGCAGGCACAUUCUCCUUAUUCCUUUCCUUACUGUAAAUGCAGCACAUCAUGAAUUGUAGCAGUAUUUGCCAUUGGAAAACAGUAGCUAUGUUCCAACAGUUAGGAUUACUAUACAGUCUUCUUUUCUAAAAACCAUACAGUCAUCUAUCCUAAUCGCUUGAGAACAACUUUCAAGUUGUUCAGACAGUUACUUAUAAAACUCUUUUUUCAAAUAAGCAAUACUUAUAGUACUGAUAAUACUUUUGAAUUUUUGAAUAUCAGUGACUUUUAUAUGGGAGACAGCAGUUCUGUCUGAUGGAGUUAAGAUGGAAAGUCUGAUCACCAUUCAAGCUUUAUUAACUCAUUUAAGUGAGAAUUAUGAUGUGUGUGUUGACAGCUUGCAGUACUGACAGUUUUGAAUUAGUACUUCUGAGGCUGAGGAUGCUUUCUGUGGGCCACAUGCUGGUGCCAUCUGCACCUAUUUUACCUUGUGUUCUGAGUAGCAAAAAAUUACAUAAUAUUGUCUGUCGUGUCCCUCCCAUGGGUUAUGACCAUUUCAUUUGUGUGUCUUUUAAGGGAUGGAAAACUAUCUAAAGCUUGGGGAGGAAUAAAUGAAAUUUGGAGCUCUAAAAUAAGUGUUAAGUUAGCUGCAGGCAGUCUGCAUCUUGGACAAAAAUAACAACCUGAACUGCCUGUGGCAGUUUUGACAUGUAUGACCUGUAUUUAUUCAGUAGGUAUCUUAGUUUUCACUGAUCUUAGCAGUGAUCUGAUCCGAGUUGCUACAGGGUCAGAUUUUUGUAUGCAUGAAUUAUUCUAGAACACUAGUACAUUAUAUGCAAAGCCUUUUUUCUUGUUUGUUUGUUUGUUUGUUUUGGGUUUUUUCUGUAAGCAAGCAAAUUUUCUGUUUUCAGUUGGUGCUGGGCUGGUGUGAAUAUGGUUCCAUAGAUUACAGAAUCCAAAGAUCUGGCUCAUAAUAUUCUCCAGAGGAAUAAAUCAUAAUUAUGGAAGUUAAAUAUUUUUUUCCACUCCUAUUUGACUUUGUUCAAUACAUAUUCAUAACAGUGAGAAAAUUCUACAUUUCCUUUUCAUUUUUCAGUGCCAUUCACAAAAUGCUUUUUAUUAUUAUCUCUUAUUUGAGAGAAUUCACAUCAGCAUACUCUAUACUGAGACUGCAUUGAAGAUAUUCUUUAGGCAGAUUUGUGUCAGUGUUGGCCACUGACUGGGACUAAUCUCUGACUGCAACAUCAGAAUAGGGAGUCAGGCUCCAUGGGAAGGGCUUGUGAUGGACACUUCAGGAGAAUUUCAUGAGGUCCUUCCCCUCUGAUCUGCAUGUGUUUAUUUGCGUGUGUCUCAUUCUCCCCUCCACCUUCCCUCAGUGUCCCUGUGAGCUUCCACAGUGCAUGUCAGAGCUGGGUGGGCAGGGAGGCUGGGCAGGGGCAGCAGGAUCACUGCAGUCAGGGAGAGGGCUUCAAGUAUGAAAUCAGGGUACAAGGAGCUCCCACAGCCCAGAGAGAUGGUUUGGAUAUGUACAGAGGGGUGAGCAAGGAUCCAAUCUGGUACCUCUGAAGUCUGGACUGCAGGAGAGGGAACGCAGUGAAUGUGAGCAGAGCUGAGCUGGCUGGCAGGGUGGCAGCAGUGAAAGUGCAGCAGCACAGACUUCAGCGGGAGCUGUAGUGGCUUGAGAGAGAGAGUGCUGAAGAAUUCCUUGGGCAGAGAACCUGCACUGUAGCACAUGCCCUGACUCCAGCUGGUGUCUGAGCAAGUGAGAUUAAAGCUAGUUUACAUAUGAGGUACAGCGAUAUCUCUGAGUGAAGAACAGAGAUACCCUGAGGAUUAUCAUGUUAUAAAACUUUCCUGUUAUGACUUGUGCUGCUUCAUAAUGUGGUCCAAAAAUAGGGAAUCCACGUACCUGCCCUUGAUAUCUAUAUUAAGAUAUAAUUUUUGCACAUAUCCGAACAAGGAAUUUGUGAAUAAUAAUGUAGCAUUUUAACUUUCACAGGGGUAGAAUACCACAUAACUGCUGAUACUCUUCUGCUACAUCACUUUGUGAUAUGAAGAGGGAAAAAUGCAUAUAUAUAUAAUAAUAUAUAUCUCUAAAAUUCAAAAUACAGCCUUUUAAUGAUCAUGGAAAAUAAUGUUGUACAAAAAUAUGCAAGAUGAAUAAUGUGUACUUGAUUAUGUUUUUAUGUCUUGUAAGAGAUGCCUGAGAUAAGUCCUAAGUUCUUCUGAAUAUUUCUUUUCAUUCUAAUUAAUGUGAGGUUUUACUCAAUAAAACAAAGAUACUGUACCUCUGAAUGAUCAAUUAAAAAUAUCAGUCUUUUGUCUAACUAAAAUGUGUUCAAUAACUUUUCAGUCAAAAGAUUCAAAAGAUUUUUUUAAUGCUUUUCUCUCUUUUGAUGUUCUUUUUGCAGAGCAGGGCAAAGUAAAUGUUUCCAAAUGAAGCUACUUUUAUUAUCUGCACAAAAAACCCCCAGUCUUAGAACUUUUUUUCAUUAGUUUUCACUAUAUUGGAUUCACACAUUAUACAAUUCUCAAUACUAAAACCAAUUCAAAACAAGGAAAAAUAUUUUUCCAUUGCUCCUUCAGCGGUCAGUACUUUGGGUGAAAUGUUUGGCUGAAGAUUACUUGUAUUUAUGUUUAAUAAUGUGAAUGUCCACAGCACUGAACACGUUCAUUAGUGUCUAAUGCUGGGCACACUAAUGGUUUGUUUGCAAUACUCAUCUCCUGGUAGUGGAUAUUAAUUUGUUUAGUAUUUAUAAACAUCAGAAUUUGAAACUGAGUGAUUUAUUGCCUGCAGUGAUCAUAUAUUAGAAGUCUAGGUUUUAUAAGAUUUUGACAUGUUGACUUGAUGCCACAAGUGCCCUUGCUUUUAGAUUGAUAUUUUUUCCUGAGUUCCUAGUUAUUUCAGAACAGAAUGUCUGGUGGUUUAUGAGAUGUGAGUAAUUACCUUGCAUGGAUUAUCUGUGCCAACAUGAAUAAAACAGUCUAGUAAUAAAAGCAAUGUGCAAAACC